AGGGGGACAGAGCAUCAGUGUUCAGGGCCACUAAGGUUCGGACCAAGCUGAAGGGAGAUGCCAGCUGGAUGCAGAGAUGCAGUGAACCCCAGUCUGAAGCAGAGGAGGAGAAACCAUGGUGAGACAGACAUGAGAAACCAUGGUGAGACAGACAGACAGGAAAAACCAUGGACAGACAGACAGACAGACAGGAGAAACCACAGUGAGACAGACAGACAAACAGAGAAACUAAGUCAUUAGGAUGAAGUUAGUCAUAUUAGUCUCGUUUACCAGCCAGAUCUCUCUACGUGCGGUAGCAAUUAACCUGGGGAUGAGGUUAGACUCAUAUGGACCGUAUUCAACGUCCCCCCCCCCCCCCCUCUCUCUCUCUCUCUCUAUCCCCCCCCCCCUCUCUCUCUCUCCCUCCCUCCCCCUCUCUGAGCAGGAUGGCAGAAGUUAGAGUGAAUCGUCUGAAUGGAGCCCCUAUAGACACCAGCCCAGUGCAAUCCCCCACCUCCAAGUCCCCUCCCUCCCCCACCAGACCUGCAGAAGACAGGUAAACACUAACACCUCACCUCAACACUACACACUGACACCCCACCUCAACACUACACACUGACACACCCCCACCUCAACACUACACACUGACACCCCACCUCAACACUACACACUGACACCCCACCUCAAACCACAUCACCAUUGCACACCUACACCUCACCCACUACAACACUGACACCACACCCACCUCACCACACUACACCUCACUACACACCUCAACCACCCACAUACCACCUCACCACACUAACACCACUCACCUCACCUACCACACUGACCACCACCCCACCUCAACACUCACAACACUGACACCCCACCUCAACACUACACCACUGACACCCCCACCUCCACACUACACACUACCCACCUCACCUCACCAACACUACCACACUCAACACCCCUCACCCCCACCACUCACAACACUACACCACCCCACCUCAACCACUACACACUGACACCCCACCUCAACACUACACACUAACACCUCACCUCACCUCACACACACACUGACCCACCCACCUACAACACUACACACUACCUCCCUCACCACACCUCACCUCAACACUACACACUAACACCCCACCUCAACACUACACACUGACACCUCACCUCAACACUACACACUGACACCUCACCUCAACACUACACACUGACACCCCACCUCAACACUACACACUGACAACCCCACACCUCAACACUACACACUGACACCUCACCUCAACACUACACACUGACACCCACCCCAACCUCAACACACUACCCACCUCAACACACCACUACACCCACUAAACUACACACUGAACACCCCACCUCAACACUACACCUACCCCCUCAACACACCCACCCCACCUCAACACUACACACUGACACCCCACCUCAACACUACACACUAACACCUCACCCCACCUCAACACUACACACUGACACCUCACCUCAACACUACACACUAACCCCACAUACUGGACACCUCACCUCAACACUACACACUUGGCCACCCCAACCUCAACCUUACACACUAAACAACAACCUCAAACAACUACACCCCUGACACCCCACCUCAACACUACACCACUGACACCCCAACAGCAACCACUGACACACUGACACGCCCACCUCAAACACUAACACACUAACCACCUCCACCCCACCUCAACACUACACACUGACCACUCUCACCUCAACACUACACACUAACACCUCAGCUCAACACUACACACUGACACCCCACCUCAACACUACACACUGACACCUCACCUCAACACUACACACUGACACCUCACCUCAACACUACACACUGACACCCCACCUCAACACUACACACUGACACCCCACCUCAACACUACAUACUGACACCUCACCUCACACUACACACUGACACCUCACCUCAACACUACACACUGACACCUCACCUCAACACUAAAUACUGACACCUCACCUCAAACACUAAACACCUUCACCCUCAACCCCUUACACAAUGACCACCCCACCUCAACACUACACACUGACACCCCACCUCAACACUACAUACUGACACCCCACCUCAAAACACAAACAACAAAACAUGUUCUUCAUCAUAAACUGACCAUAAACUUUUCUUUCCUAAAUCUAGAGCACCAUCUGCAGGAUACCUUAUCAGGUAAAACAGACCUCCACCAUUGCAUCACUUGGUCAACAGCUUAUUCAAUGUAUUAAAUUCAUUAAUUAUGAAUAAUCUAAAAGGUGAAUAAUCUUAUUUAUUUUUUCAGAGGGAUUUUCACCAAGACAGACACCAAGUCUGCUGCCAUCUCAUCUACAUCCAAUGGCUUCAGGUAAAUAAAGUAAUGUCAGAGCUCUACUGGCAGCAGUGAUGUCAGAGAUCUACUGGCAGCAGUGAUGUCAGAGAUCUACUGGCAGCAGUGAUGUCAGAGAUCUACUGGCAGCAGUAAUGUCAGAGAUCAACUGGCAGCAGUAAUGUCAGAGCUCAACUGGCAGCAGUAAUGUCAGAGCUCAACUGGCAGCAGUGAUGUCAGAGAUUCUACUGGCAGCAGUGAUGUCAGAGAUCUACUGGCAGCAGUGAUGUCAGAGACCUACUGGCAGCAGGGACUCUAUUAAAUAGAGUAGAGUCUAUUCUGUGUACUCAGUCUGUCAUUUAGACAGCCAAUGCCCUGUUAGAUGGCUUGAUUACAUGGUGUCCCUCUAUUUGCAGUGGGUCACCAUCCAGCUUCACCAAGAGGCCUUCAGAGAGCUACAAGAGAAUGUGAGUAAACCUUAUGCAAUUCUUAUGAGUAAACUCAGUGAACGUGUUUGAGUGUAUGACACUGUGUGUGGUAAAGGAUUAUCAGAGAUAACUGUAGUGACUUCAGGGGAUGUGUUUGAUAAGUACUGUGUGUGGUAAAGGAUUAUCAGAGAUAACUGUAGUGACUUCAGGGGAUGUGUUUGAUAAAUACUGUGUGUGGUAAAGGAUUAUCAGAGAUAACUGUAGUGACUUCAGGGGAUGUGUUUGAUAAAUACUGUGUGUGGUAAAGGAUGAUCAGAGAUAACUGUAGUGACUUAAGGGGAUGUGUUUGAUAAGUACUGUGUGUGGUAAAGGAUUAUCAGAGAUAACUGUAGUGACUUAAGGGGAUGUGUUUGAUAAGUACUGUGUGUGGUAAAGGAUUAUCAGAGAUAACUGUAGUGACUUCAGGGGAUGUGUUUUGAAAGUACUGUUGUGGUAAAGGAUUAUCAGAGAUAACUGUAGUGACUUAAGGGGAUGUGUUUGAUAAGUACUGUGUGUGGUAAAGGAUUAUCAGAGAUAACUGUAGGAUAUCAGAGAUAACUGUAGUGACUUCAGGGGAUGUGUUUGAUAAGUACUGUGUGUGGUAAAGGAUUAUCAGAGAUAACUGUAGUGACUUCAGGGGAUGUGUUUGAUAAAUACUGUGUGUGGUAAAGGAUUGUCAGAGAUAACUGUAGUGACUUAAGGGGAUGUGUUUGAUAAGUACUGUGUGUGGUAAAUGAUUAUCAGAGAACUGUAGUGACUUAAGGGGAUGUGUUUGAUAAGUACUGUGUGUGGUAAAGGAUUAUCAGAGAUAACUGUAGUGACUUAAGGGGAUGUGUUUGAUAAGUACUGUGUGUGGUAAAGGAUUAUCAGAGAACUGUAGUGACUUAAGGGGAUGUGUUUGAUAAGUACUGUGUGUGGUAAAGGAUUAUCAGAGAACUGUAGUGACUUAAGGGGAUGUGUUUGAUAAGUACUGUGUGUGGUAAAUGAUUAUCAGAGAACUGUAGUGACUUAAGGGGAUGUGUUUGAUAAGUACUGUGUGUGGUAAAGGAUUAUCAGAGAUAACUGUAGUGACUUCAGGGGAUGUGUUUGAUAAAUACUGUGUGUGGUAAAGGAUUAUCAGAGAUAACUGUAGUGACUUCAGGGGAUGUGUUUGAUAAAUACUGUGGGUGGUAAAUGAUUAUCAGAGAUAACUGUAGUGACUUCAGGGGAUGUGUUUGAUAAAUACUGUGUGUGGUAAAGGAUUAUCAGAGAUAACUGUAGUGACUUCAGGGGAUGUGUUUGAUAAAUACUGUGUGUGGUAAAGGAUUAUCAGAGAUAACUGUAGUGACUUCAGGGGAUGUGUUUGAUAAAUACUGUGUGUGGUAAAGGAUUAUCAGAGAUAACUGUAGUGACUUCAGGGGAUGUGUUUGAUAAAUACUGUGUGUGGUAAAGGAUUAUCAGAGAUAACUGUAGUGACUUCAGGGGAUGUGUUUGAUAAAUACUGUGUGUGGUAAAGGAUUAUCAGAGAUAACUGUAGUGACUUCAGGGGAUGUGUUUGAUAAGUACUGUGUGUGUGUGUCGUUCCUUCCAGAGCUCCUCACACAGUGCGUCGCACCUCAAACCUCCCAGUUCAAACUGAGGACCAGCUUUCCCCAAAGGAGAAGGAGAAACGGUGCGAGACAUGCAUUCAAUUCCCUUUAUAGAGCUCUACUUUUGACCAGGGCCCUGUAUAGGGAUUAGGGUGCCAUUUCAGAUGCAGAAACUCUUAUUUUACCUCACAAAAUAGACGUCACGUCAAGGAAAAACAAGUCUAAUCUCUUUCUACCCCCCACCUCUCUCUCUCUCUCUCUCUCUCUCUCUCUCUCUCUCUCUCUCUCUCUCUCUCUCUCUCUCUCUCUCUCUCUCCUCCCUGUCUCCCUCUUUCUCUCUCCAUCUGUCCAUCAGGGAGGAAGCAGCCAUGAACGUGCUCAGGACCUCUUCAGUCCGACAACGCUCCUACGUCCUCUCAGCCGCCAACAAAUAUGAGUAUGUAAUUGGUUAAAUACCCCUCUCUCUCUCUCUCUCUCUCUUUCUCUCUCUCGCUCUCUGUCUCUCUCUCUCCCCCUCUCUCCAUCUCUCUAUUCCUCUGUUUGUGUCUUAUCUCCUGUUCUCCUGACAGUUCUACAGAGAAACCACCAGAAACCUCCCCGACCACAGAUGUUCCAUAUUUUGUGGCUAAAAGGUAACUGAUGCCUCUCAAAGGACUGUCCUGUCCUGUUUUGUCCCUCAUGGAAAAUGAUGACGUUGUCUGAAAUAAAAUGAAAUGUUGUUUCUUGUGUGUCUAAAGGGUGGUGAUCACAGACAAUGAUGACUCUGUCUUCACUGAGACUCUCUCUGUCCCUGAAGAACCAGCUGCACCAUCUGUGAAAGACGUCCCUCCUGUAUGUGUGAAAGAUGUCUCUCCUGUAUGUGUGAAAGAUGUCUCUCCUGUAUCGGUGAAAGAUGUCUCUCCUGUAUCUGUGAAAGAUGUCUCUCCUGUAUCUGUGAAAGAUGUCUCUCCUGUAUCUGUGAAAGAUGUUUCUCCUGUAUCUGUGAAAGAUGUCUCUCCUGUAUCUGUGAAAGCUGCCUCUCCUGUAUCUGUGAAAGCUGCCUCUCCUGUAUGUGUGAAAGAUGCCCCUGCUGUAUCUGUGAAAGAUGUCUCUCCUGUAUCUGUGAAAGAUGUCCUCUCCUGUAUCUGUGAAAGAUGUCUCUCCGUAGAUCUGUGAAAGAUGUCCUCUCCGUAUCUGUGAAAGAUGUCUCUCCUGUAUCUGUGAAAGAUGUCGCUCCUGUAUAUGUGAAAGAUGUCUCUCCUGUAUCUGUGAAAGCUGCCUCUCCUGUAUCUGUGAAAGAUGUCGCUCCUGUAUCUGUGAAAGAUGUCGCUCCUGUAUCUGUGAAAGAUGUCUCUCCUGUAUCUGUGAAAGAUGUCUCUCCUGUAUCUGUGAAAGAUGUCUCUCCUGUAUCUGUGAAAGAUGUCUCUCCUGGUAACUGUGAAGAUGUCUCUCCUGUAUCUGUGAAAGAUGUCUCUCCUGUAUCUGUGAAAGAUGUCGCUCCUGUGAAAGAUGUCGCUCCUGUGAAAGAUGUCUCUCCUGUAUCUGUGAAAGAUGUCUCUCCUGUAUCUGUGAAAGAUGUCUCUCCUGUAUCUGUGAAAGAUGUCUCUCCUGUAACUGUGAAAGAUGUCUCUCCUGUAUCUGUGAAAGAUGUCUCUCCUGUAUCUGUGAAAGAUGUCUCUCCUGUGUCUGUGACAGAUGUCUCUCCUGUAUCUGUGAAAGAUGUCUCUCCUGUGUCUGUGAAAGAUGUCUCUCCUGUGUCUGUGAAAGAUGUCUCUCCUGUGUCUGUGAAAGAUGUCUCUCCUGUGUCUGUGAAAGAUGUCUCUCCUGUGUCUGUGAAAGAUGUCUCUCCUGUAUCUGUGAAAGAUGUCUCUCCUGUGUCUGUGAAAGAUGUCUCUCCUGUGUCUGUGAAAGAUGUCUCUCCUGUAUCUGUGAAAGAUGUCUCUCCUGUAGCUGUGAAAGAUGUCUCUCCUGUAUCUGUGAAAGACGUCUCUCCUGUGUGUGUGAAGGACGUCUCUCCUGUGUGUGUGAAGGACGUCUCUCCUGUGUGUGUGAAGGACGUCUCUCCUGUGUGUGUGAAGGACGUCUCUCCUGUGUGUGUGAAAGACGUCCCUUCUGUAUGUGUGAAAGAUGUCCCUCCUGUAUUUGUGGAGGACAUCCAUGUAUGUGUGAAAGACGUCCUCCUUCCAACCCCUGUCAUAGUUGACACCUCAUCAGUGAUUGACCCUUAUGAGGGCAUGAAGCCAGGGCAUACCAAAGUGGCCACUGAGCUGUCCCCAGAGAGUAGUGUCCUGUUGAAAAUAGUCCCCCCAGUGGCCCCUGUAUUAGUGUCCCCUGUACCAUACAAACCAGUGAAGACGGAUCCUGCCCCAGUGGACACACUAACCGCCCUGUCGGACACGCUCAUCUCCUUCGACACAGGUUCAUCCAGGUACAGUAUUGAUUCAUUAAUGUAUCUAUGCAUUUGAAUAAGUAUAGAUAGAAACAUUUUGACGUAUUAACUAAACAAUUAUCAGAUAUGUUGCACCACAGUGUGUGUAGUGUUGAGACCAGACCAUUUUAUUUACAUUAUGGGUAGUGCUCUGGGUGAGACUAUUAAAGUUGGUCCACCCCAUUGUCUUUAGAGAACCUCCAAGAGUCAGUUGUAAAGUUUGAAUCCUAGAUAGCUGUAGUCCAAUAACACAAAGUAUAUCUCCUGUCCCCCAUAGCUCCAGAGUCCCUGACCCAGUAUGCACCGAGACAGCAGAGCCUGCAGAGCCAGAGGACA